CCGCCAUCUACUGCUGAACACGUCAACCUAAACAACAGUGAAAUAAAUAUACAGAAAGUAAAAAUUCGAAUAUAAAUUUAUAUUUAUUUCAUUCGAAUUAAGCAAUGAGUGAGGAGAAUACUGAAGAGGCUGUAUUAAAGCCGGAAAUAGUGAACGAUGUGAGAGAACGCAAACCAAAAGAAAUAAACAAGGAUCUGACAACGAAGGAAGCAUAUUUCGCUAGUCUUGAGGAAUGGGCAAAACAAGCAGCACUUAUACAGAUGUUUCCCAAUUAUUUGUUGGCCAACUACAACUAUCCACCUGUGUUGCAAAGCCCGCUACCAUUCGCCACUCCUCCCAGCAUUGACCACCUACAGGCGAAUCGAGCAUCCCACCAGCAUCCCAUCAUACCAGGGCAGGCGAAUAAUGCACCUGUUAUUCGACCGAACUUCAACCGCUUUCGAGUGCUGGACGAAGCGCAGCAACAGGAUAUUAUACAAAGACUUGGUGGAACGCAGGUGGUGGUCGCACCAUUCUGGAAGAGAGCUGUAGCCGAGGCCAUAGACGUAUUCAUAUUAUUUAUAUUGAAAAUAAUUGUAACAUUUUCGCUGUUUCACGUUUUCGAUCUUGACUUCGACAAGGACGUCAUGCGGAAGACAUUGGAUGAUGAGGACAUCUUUGUAAGUUUCCUUGACAUCUCCAUGGACUUUAUAACACUGUCGUCGGACUUGCUGUUAAUUGAAUUGCUGACAAAACUGAUAGUAUGUUGCUAUGAAUGCCUCUGGACAACAUUUUAUAAUGGAGCAACACCUGGAAAAUCGUUGAUGAAGAUUCGCAUACUAUAUGUUGAAGCAGUGGUUCCUCUGCAGGCUCCAGUGAUGCCUCACUUCGUAUUUCAACCACAACGAGAACCGUUGCGAGCCCUGCUCUAUCCGGCAGAGACUCCAACGUUGCCAAGGGCAUUGAUGCGGGCACUAGCCAAGAAUCUGGUCAUGACACUAUUGUUUCCCAUCUGUGUGGUUAUGAUUUUCUUUAAAAAUAAUCGCACAGCCUACGAUAUAAUUACAAAGACAAUAGUUGUCGAGACGAAUGUGAAUCCUGUUCCAGCGACCGGCACAGGUCCACAGGUGCCUUUGCAACGACCACAUCAACAGUAGUCAUAAGAUGGGGACAAUUGCAUAUAACGCCAAAUUAUGUAGGGAAAUGGCAGUGGCAUAUAUAUACAUAUACAUAUAUAAUCCAAUUCAUUUAAGAUUUGUGUUAUCAAUCACAUGUUCGCAUAUCUGGUUAUACAAUUCCUUUCUGUUAUGUAAAUAGAUAAAAGGUGGACAAAACAAAAUUACAUCUUAUUGCCAGCUUGUGCAUAGUUAAAUUCAAAUAAGCCUUGUGCCAGGUCUCCGGAAAGUUUAAAUUGAGAUUUAAGUCUGUUUAUCAAUGUCCUAACGUAUUCCAAUUAUAAAAAUAAAAGUUUCCAAAUUGAAUUCAAGAGUGAUAUGGUUCCGUUAACCGGACAUUGAGAAACAGGUCCAAAACUAUCGUUAUUGAUUUUUAGAGAAAAAAUAAAAGUUAAACAAAAAUUCUGCAACUAAA